UUCAGCUUUAAGCUAUCGCCUUCCACUGCACUGCGCACGCGCAGGCACCACGCAGUCGCUGACAGUUGAUCGCGACGCGCGCACGAUACACGCGCGGCGAUUGUGUUGUGUUUUGAAUAAGGAAUUGGGAUUUUGGCGAUUAAACAGCAAUGGCGACUGUGCUCGUGAAUUCGACACAAAGUGUGCUAAAAGACACAUACGAAUACUAUUUGUGGACUUUAUCACUUUCAGACAGCCGGACAAAAGGAUGGCCGCUGGUGGACUCCCCUCUCCCCACAGUAGUUUACACGCUUCUUUACCUUUUUAUAGUCUGGAUAGGACCUAAGUUUAUGAAAAACCGGGAACCAUUCAAGUUGACAUGGUUGCUAGUCCCUUAUAAUCUAGCUAUGGCCAUAUUAAAUGCAUAUAUAGCUCUUAGACUACUGACCGCUUCGUUCAGAUUAAGAUAUAGCUAUAUCUGCGAGCCGUGCCGGCAGAAUUAUGACCCUGAUGAGUUGCAGAUAGCAGACGCUGUCUGGUGGUACUACUUCUCCAAACUCUUGGAGUUCUGCGACACGUUCUUCUUCAUCCUGAGGAAGAAGGACGAACAGUUGACAUUCCUGCACGUGUACCAUCAUUCCACUAUGUUUUCCUUCUGGUGGAUCGGGAUCAAGUGGGUGCCGAGUGGGUCAACAUUCCUGCCCGCUAUGGUCAACAGUGGCAUCCACGUGCUGAUGUACACCUACUAUGGGCUCUCCGUCUUCGGACCUACAGUCAGCAAGUACCUGUGGUGGAAGAAAUACCUUACUAUCAUGCAGUUGAUCCAGUUCACUUGUGCCCUAAUUCUGGGUGUCAACGGUAUCCGAACGGGCUGCGAAUUUCCCCUGUGGAUGCAUUACGUCCUCAUACUGUACAUGAUCUCCUUCAUCGUCCUGUUUGGAAACUUCUACAUGAAGGCUUACAUUGCCAAGGGUAGUGGAUGCAUGGAAGUGCGUUACGGCCAGUGCCUUGACGACGAGGAAACCAUCGCCAAAAGAAAACUGAAAGCCAAUUAGUAUCUUUAUAGAUAAUUUAUUUAUUCAACCAUUAGUCUAAGGGAUGUAUCUUGUAGCUCUCUACGUAGUUUUUGAUUAAAUAAAUGUUAUGUUUGGGA